AAGGGCAUAUUAAGAGGGACUGUGAAGAGCUUAGAAAGUCAAUUGAAUUUAGACAAUGGCAAAGGAGUCAUAGAAUGCAAGCAAAUAAUCAAGCAAAAAUACAAAGUCAGAAUGAAAAAUUUUCUAUCAAUGAAGUUUUACAAGAGAAGGUUAACAUAGUACAUACCUUAGAAAGUGAGAAAGAGAAGGCAGUUAAUACUAUUUCUGUUGGGCCAGAAGAAGAAAUUGGUACAGAAAAUAUUGCUCAAAGGCUCCAAAAGGUAGAGGAAAUGGAG